CAGCAGCAGCAGCAGCAGCAGUAGCGACAGCGGCCUCAGCAGCAAUAGUUGAAGUAGUAGUAGUAGUAGUAGUGGUUGUGGUGGUGUUAAGACCGAUUUUUGUUAAGCUCCUCUAUUCGGCAGUGGCUUAUAAACCGUGUGUGUGUGUGAAAAACCGCAGGAUAAUUCUACCCUCGGUUACAAACAACAGCGAAGGAUAAUUAUUAUUACUAUUAUUAUUAUUAUUAAUACCAAAGGUGUUUUUUAAACCUCUCCCUCACACACACACACAAACACACACACAUAUAUAUAUAUACAUAUAUACACAUACACAUUCAUAAACACACAUACAUAUAUAUAAACACAUACAUACAUACACACAUCGGCAUAUCUUUAUAUAUAUAUACAUACAUAUAAAUAUACAGUUAUCUUUUCUCUCUGUAAUAUUUAUAUAUAUGUAUAUACAUACAUUUAUAUGCUUUUACACUGUGUUUUAAAAAUAUACAUCAUCCAAAUAUAAAUAUACAUAUAUAAAUAUAAAUAUAUAUAUAUAAAUAUAAAUAUAUACACACAUACAUCUAUACAUACAUAUUACAUAUAUAUAUUCACUUACAUUUCAAAAGUUAUAUCGAUCGAUUUAUUGAUCGGUUGAAAUUACAAUAUAUCAUCAAUAUAAAUCAUUCACCAAGAGGAAAAAGCGAUGGAGAAACGCAUUAUGGCCGUUAGCAAACGGUUGGUGUUUGUAAUAUUACUAUCGUUUUUAUGUUCUUUCUGUGGCGGUAACGUGGUCUUACCUGAUCAAAAUCCCGCUGGCGAGCCAUCAGCUCCCUUAAUUGGGGAUAACAACGGCAGUCAUACCGACCAGUGUGCCCAAGUGAAAAAUAGAUACGUACAGAUUAACCAUGGUGACCCACAACAUGUACCUUCUCGACCGACACCCGAAACUGAACUCUCCGUAUGUUUUAACGGUCUGGAACCAGGCAGAACCUGUUGCUCCGGAGCAAUGGAGGAGAUGUAUAUGAAAUUAUCCGAAGGAAUGUUCACAGAUCAUUUGGAAAAGGCCAAUUAUCAGCUUACACAGCUUAUAAAGAACGGCAUAGAAAAUUUUGAAAAUGAUGUUUUGGCCCUGAUUAAAAAUUCAGAAAAGAAUACCAUGGGUCACUUGAGUGAGAUAUAUCGAAUUCCCUGGAGUGAGCACCACAAACCAGUGAACAAGCUCUUUGCAAGUUUGUUUGAUUACGUGAAGCAGGGACAAGUUGAAAUUCCCAUCAUUGUAAACGAAUUCUUCGACCAGCUCUUGCCUCUUGUUUUCCGAUAUGCUGUCAAUGAUCCAACGGUGACCAACUACAAAGAAUCACUCAACGAUUGCCUCAUCAAGUUGCGUCGUCAUUUGCACCCACAACCGUUUGGUACCUUCUCUCGUAAAAUGGCUCAUGAGCUCUCCACAGUCCUGUGGGCUGCCAGAUCCUACCUUCAUGCUCUUUCUGUAGUUUCUGACACCAUAAACGCAACAAACCACCUGGAUACAGAAGAAACUUGCAAGAAAGGAAUUACCCAGAUGUUGUUCUGUUCUCAAUGCAAGGGCCAUGUCGGUGUGAAACCUUGCAAGGAUUUCUGCCAAGAUGUCAUGCACAGUUGCUUCAGCAAACAAAUGGAGGUCAGCUAUGAGUGGGACGAAAUUGUUCGGUUGUUGCGCCAACUUACUCGCUAUAUGGUUGGACCAAGUGGUUUGGAAUCUGUACUGAAAAAUAUAGACAGGGUUAUUUCCGAUGGCAUUAUGAAUGCAAUGGACAAAGCGCCGGAAUUCACCCCAACGAUUCUGGUGACCUGCAAAGAAACUGGAUCUGCACCGGAGAAUCAAAAAGUUUCAGUUCAAUCCCCAUUGGUGCCCAACAAUAAAAUGUUGAUCAGUGACCAGGAGCCAGUGUCUUCCAUCAGUCUCAAAGACCAAGCCACCCAGCUUCUUUUGUCAUUGCUCAAUAUCCAUGGAGUUUACCGCAAUAUAACCAGUUCCAUCUGCGUUGACUUCAAUGUCUCGCAGUCUCCUACACACUGUUGGAAUGGAUCCCAUGUUGCACAAUAUCAGCAGAUAACUUCGAAAUACCACAGUCCCAACAUCCGUGUCAGUUUUGUCAACGACAGAAACAUUAUGUCUCUCAAAGAUAAGUUAUUACACAUUCAGCAGAAUCUAAUCAGCCGAACUGCUGAAGAUGACCAGAUGCAAAACGACGCCUACAUCUAUCAGGGAAGUGGUGCCAGCAUGAAUACGUAUCGUGAUGAUGAGGACUUCUUUGCUGGAUCUGGUAGUGGCAGUGGUUACACCCCCAAAAAUGUGCAUCCUGAUAGCUCAGCCAGUGAUGGUUUCACCAUAGACAGCACCCCUAGCACAAAUCAGUUCGCACCCAAGCCUAAUGGUAACUCUUCUGCUAGAAGUUUGUAUACAGCCACUCGCCACCACUGUCUGGCAUUUGCUCUUGCAAUCAUGAUGCUCGCCGUUUCGUAUGGCAGUGGAACUAGUUAUCUCUUCAGCUGAACUUUGGUAUUGCUCUCUCUCUCUGUAUGUGAGACAAUUACAUAACUGACAUCAUGAUCACAUAAACAACAACAACAACAACAACAACAACAAUAAUAACUAUUAUUUUCAGCAACUACGAAAAAAAAAAUUUUAAAAAUGUUAAAAAAAAAGAAAAAAAAUCAUUAAAAAAAUUAUUUAGUUGGCCACCGUCAAACAAAACCACAGAUGGCAUUUUUCUACCACAAACUAACUAUUAUUACUAGAUUAUUAUUAUUAUUAUUAUUAUUAUUAUUAUUAUUAUUAACGUUAUCAUUAUUCUUAUUACGAUUCUGAAAUAUUAAAAUAUACAUGACGAAUACAAUCUUUUUUUUUUUUUUUUUGAUAACAACAAUAGCGGAAAAUUCUGGUCAUCCUUAUUUUAUAUUAUUAUUAUUAUUAUUAUUAUUAUUAUUAUUAUUAUUAUCAUCAAUAUAUUAUGGCGACAGGCUGGCAGAAUUGUCUUAGAAGCAUAGCAUUUCUGCCAGUUUUUUUUUAUGCUCUGAAUUCAAACACCGCCAAGGUCAACUUUGCCUUUCAUCCUUUCGAGGUCGAUAAAGUAAGUACCAGUCAUACACUGGGGUUCAUGGAAUUGACUUGCCCCCUCCUUUCUCCACCCCCACCCCCACAAGAAAAAUAAAUUGCUGGCCUUGUGCCAAAAUUAGAAAGAAUAACUAUCAAUAAGGCAGAAAGCUGACAGAAUUGUUACCACAUUUGAUGAAAUUCUUAGCAGCAUUUCUUCCAGCUAUAUAUUCUGAGUUCAAAUUCCACCGAGGUCGACUUUGCCUUUUGUCCUUUCGGGGUCGAUAAAUUAAGUACCAGCUGCAUACUGGGGAUUGAUGUAAUCGACUUACUCCCUCUCCAAAUAUUGCUGGCAUUGUGCUAAAAUUUUGAAACCAUUUUUAUUCAGGCAGUGGAAUGGUAGAAACGUUAACAUGUCAGAUAAAAUGCUCAGUAGCAUUUCUUAUGGCUCGUUAUGUUCUGAGUUCAAAUUCCACCGAGGUUGACUUUGCCUUUCGCCAUUUCAAGGAUCAAUAAAAUAAAGUACCAGUGAUGUACUGGGGUUGAUUGCAAUCGACUAACACCCCUUCCCCUGAGAAUUGCUGGCCUUGUGCCAAAAAAAAUUAAAAUCAAUAUUACUGUUGUUAUUAUUAUUAUUAUCAUUAUUAUUAUUAAUAUUAUUAUUAUUAUUAUUAUUAUUAUUAUUAUUAUGACUACUACUGCUACUACUACUACUAUUGAUUACUAUAAUUAUAAAACUAUUAUUCUCAUCGAAUUUUGAAAGGAAUUAUGAGUUUUUUUGUAUUUUUUUUAAGAUUGUGUGACAAUGAAGGCAUUGAGACAAAAUAAAAUGAAAUAAAAUAAAACAAACUCAUGUAAAGAAAAAAAAAGAAACUACAAAAAUUACAGCAAAGAAACAAACAAAUAAACAUUGUCUCAGGUUUUGACAUAUUCCUAAUGACAUGUUUUAAUUAAUACAACUAAUUAAUAGGCCCUUGGCUGGCUAUUUUUCACCUUCAUUGUUCAACAUGGCUUGUUCUUUCAUUUAUAUAUUCUCUUUGACAUUAAACGUAUCUUGAUGUAUGUGCACAAGUGUGUGUGUAUGCAAGUGUGAAUCGUGUGUGCAUGUAUGCAUUGCAUGUAUGCAUCUUUGUGCAUUUUUACACAUGAGUGUUGGUUUUUCUUUUUUUUUUUCGGUGAGUCCAUGAAUGUAUGUAUGUGUGUGCGUGAGUGUGAGUGUGUGUGUGUGUGUGUGUGUGGUCUUUGUUCCCUUUCGUAAACCAAUGACAGUAUAAGGACUUACCACCACCAGAUCACAUCAGGGAAUGCUGUCCCAAAAUAAGUGCACUGCGACAACAUGGAAGUAAUGUUAUAUAGUAAAUUGGAAAAAAAAAUAUAUAUAUAUAUAUAA